AUGUCCCACAAAGCUACCGCAACGGCCGAGCCGGCGGGCGGCAUCCCCGUUACUGUCGACGCCGCGAUCGCGAAUAAGAGAGGGGCAUUCGCCUGGUUCUCGAAUCCGGGGAUCGUCAAGCUAAACUGUAUUAUCGCGCUGUCAUUGGUGUCGAGCUACGCCACUGGAUACGAUGGCUCCAUGAUGAAUGGCCUGCAGUCUCUGGACACAUGGCAGAAAUCAUUCAACAACCCUGGAGCCUCGGAACUAGGACUGCUGAACGCGAUCCAGAAUGUGGGCCAGCUGGUCGCGCUCCCCUUCUGCGCCUGGUACUGCGACCGAUUCGGACGCAAGCCCGCCCUCCUCGUCAGCGCCUCCAUCCUUCUCAUCGGCGUUGCGCUUCAAGGCGCGGCCCAGAAUGUGGCCAUGUUCAUCGUCGCCCGCGGCGUCCUCGGCUUCGGUCUCGCGCUCAAUAUCACCGCCGCACCUCUGAUCAUCAUGGAGCUGGCGUACCCGUCCCAGCGAGCGCCCCUGGUGUCCAUCUACAACUCGCUCUGGGGUUUGGGAGCUCUGAGCGCCGCGUGGAUCACCUUUGGCACGUUUCGGAUCGGCAAUACGUGGGCUUGGAGGAUCCCUUCCAUCUUGCAGGGCCUGUCGAGCAUCCUGCAGCUCGGCUUAUGCUUCUUCAUCGAGGAGUCGCCCAGGUGGCUGGUGUCAAAGGAGAGGGACGCGGAGGCUGAGAGACUUUUGAUAAAGUACCACGCCAACGGCGAUGCGUCGGAUCUCAUUGUGCCUUUGGAAAUGGAGGAGAUUAGGACGGCGUUGAGGCUGGAGGCGGAAGUAUCACGGACUACGUCCUACAUGGCCUUCUUCCAAACGCCAGGCAAUCGGCGUCGCUUCUUCAUCAUUCUGGCUGUCGGCUUCUUCUCGCAGUGGAGCGGCAACGGACUGAUUAGCUACUAUCUGACCUUGAUCCUGGACUCGAUCGGGUACACCUCGGAAUACACACAGACACUGAUCAACGCACUCCUCACUGUAUGGGGAUUAUUCUGGGGUCUCCUCGCCUCGGUCCUCGUCAAUCGCUUCCGCCGCCGAACAAUGUUCCUCGCCUCGACCAUCGGCUCCCUGGUGUGCUACAUCAUCUGGACGGCCAUCCAAGCAACCUACGAAAAGCAGACCGACCUCACCGGCGCGGGAUCACCGGGUCUCGCAAAGGGAGUCCUGGCCAUGAUCUUCCUGUACAACAUCACCUUCACCGUGGGGUGGGGCGCGCUCCAGGUCACCUACGUCGUGGAGAUUCUGCCCUUCAACUUGCGUGCCAAGGGCUUGGUCCUGUACAACCUCUUCGUCGCCCUGGCAUUGAUCUUUAAUCAGUACGCCAAUCCCAUUGGCGUGACCAACUCAAAGUGGAAGUAUUACAUCACGUACGACGUAUGGCUGGCCUUUGAGGCGGUAGUGGUCUAUUUCCUGUUUGUUGAAACAGGCAAGACGAGUCUGGAGGAGACUGCGCUUAUUAUUGAUGGCAUUGAGGACAGACUGACAGAGGAGGUGGCUCGCAAGACGGAGAAGCUUGCCAUGGGGACACACGAACUUGCUAUCGAAGGCAGUAACAAGGAUUGA